UCCAUCUUCGUUCUUCCUCCUUCCCCUAUAAAACGCCGCUCCCAUUCCCGACGCUCCUCUCCCAUUUCAGAUUCAAAAGCUAUACAUAUACACACAUAUAUUCUUUCGAUUGGUUUCUUCAAGUUCAGAGCUUUUCGUGCUCUUUAGGUUCAACCCCUUCCUGAUUCCUCCCCUCCUCUCUACAGAAAUGGACGUUGCGGUUCUCCAUCCUCGGGAUUGCUUGAGCACCUUCCCUAACUCGAAUCUGGGUCGAGCCAACCCGACCCGGGUCCGGCAGGGCCGCCGGAGACGGAGCCCCAGCAAGUCCCAGAGCACCUCCCCGCCUCCCCGUCCGUCGAAGACCCUCGUUAUGGGCGAGGUCAAGCUCCUCAGACGCGGAGAGGAGCUGAAAGGUACAGCCCCGAAGUCUUCCCCAGCUGAUGAGCCCGCCAAGCCUGACCGGAUCCAGGCUGAGCCCAACCGCCGUGUCGUGGCCCCAGCUCGGAACCGGCUCGCCGGGCCAGCUCAGGAGCGGGUCGCUCGACUGCACAGAGCACCCGCCGAGCUUGCCCGAGCUGAUGCCCCGGCUCAAAAGGCGGUCGCGAUCCAGUCGAGCGAGUCUGCCGUGGGGCUCGCCAGCUUCUACGCGGGUUUUGCGUUCAUAACGUCGCCGCCGCCCAGCUCACUUCCGGUGCCGGCGUUCUGCUCCAAGAAGACAGCACCACUGGACGCCGUGGACGCGACCAGUGACCUGAGGAAGCUCCUAAGGUUGGAUUGAAUCGAUUGAUAGCUAGCUAGGAAAAGUUGUCGGAGUUGUAUCUACUACAGGGCUGACCUUGACAGCUGACAGAAAUUAGUUUUCGUAAGAUUGAUCGAAUUGACAUCUUGGGGUUGCGAAAGUUUGGAUCUUUUAGGGUUUCUCAGUCAUUUCACGGUCGAUUUCCGUUCCCCUAUUUUUUCAACGGGAAGAAUCGGUCGAGUCACUGACUCAGUCAGAUCAGGUUUAAGCUAUCUUGCGAUCGAGUCUCUAUGUAUUUCCUUCGAUAUCGUAGUGGUGAUUGUACUUGUGCUUUGUGUGUUGUAAUCGGAAGCUUUAAUUAGUCGAAUAAAGAUAUGUCUGUUUUUCUCUUGUUUC